AUGAAAUUGGAGCAUCUGUUUGUAGGUGACUCAGGUCAAUAUUUGGCUAUUCAAUUCCAUCUGGAAUGUGCAUAUAUAUUCUUACAUUAUUAUGAGUAUAAAAAAGCAAAAGAUGAGUUCAAUAUUGCCAAAGACAUCAGCAAAUUAAAAAUUGAUUUGACAGGUGCUUUGGGAAAAAGGACACGGUUCCAGGAAAAUUAUGUGGCACAACUGAUUCUGGAUGUGAGAAAAGAAGGGGAUGUCCUUUCAAAUUGUGAAUUCAGUCCAGCCGCCACCCCUCGGGAAUACUUAACCAAGAAUCUGGAGCUCAAUGAUGAUACUGUUCUGAACGAGAUAAAAUUAGCAGACUGUGAACAGUUUCAGAUGCCCGACCUGUGUGCCGAAGAGCUUGCCAUUAUCCUUGGAGUCUGGGGUGCCUUCCAGACAGGCCAAGGACCUCUUGAUGCCCAAGUGAAGCUGUUAGAAUUCACUCUGGAGCAGAAUUUUGAAGUUGUUUCAGUUAGUACUAUUUCUGCUGUGAUAGAAUCUGUCACCUUCUUGGUGCACCACUAUAUCACUUGCUCAGACAAAGUAAUGUCUAGAAGUGGAUCAGAUAGCUCCGUGGGUGCUCGAGCAUGCUUUGGUGGACUCUUUGCCAAUCUCAUUCGUCCUGGUGAUGCAAAAGCAGUUUGUGGUGAAAUGACGAGAGAUCAACUCAUGUUUGACUUGUUAAAACUUGUCAAUAUUUUAGUACAGCUACCUCUUUCAGGCAAUAGGGAAUACAGUGCAAGAGUGUCUGUGACUACCAAUACAACUGAUAGUGUUUCAGAUGAAGAAAAAGUCUCAGGAGGCAAGGAUGUCAAUGGAAGCAGUACUAGUAUUCCAGGAUCUCCUGCAUAUGUCGCUGACUUAGUCCUAGCCAACCAGCAGAUCAUGAGCCAGAUUUUGUCUGCUCUCGGCCUCUGUAAUAGCAGCGCUAUGGCAAUGAUAAUUGGUGCAAGUGGAUUACAUCUCACCAAACAUGAAAACUUUCAUGGUGGGUUAGAUGCCAUCUCAGUCGGGGAUGGACUGUUUACCAUUCUGACAACACUUAGUAAGAAAGCUUCUACAGUCCACAUGAUGCUGCAGCCAAUUUUAACCUACAUGGCCUGUGGGUAUAUGGGUAGACAAGGCUCUCUUGCUACUUGCCAGUUAUCUGAACCAUUGUUGUGGUUCAUUUUGAGAGUGUUGGAUACUAGUGAUGCCCUGAAAGCAUUCCAUGAUAUGGGUGGAGUUCAGCUCAUUUGCAACAAUAUGGUUACUAGUACAAGGGCUAUUGUGAACACUGCAAGAAGUAUGGUAUCAACUAUUAUGAAAUUUCUUGAUUCUGGUCCAAAUAAAGCUGUCGACAGCACUUUGAAAACAAGGAUACUAGCUUCUGAACCUGACAAUGCAGAAGGGAUCCAUAACUUUGCACCCCUGGGUACAAUAACAUCUAGUAGUCCUACUGCCCAACCAGCUGAAGUGCUUUUGCAGUCCACAGCACCCCAUCGAAGAGCUAGGUCUGCUGCUUGGUCCUACAUCUUUUUGCCUGAGGAGGCUUGGUGCGACCUUACCAUUCACCUACCUGCAGCAGUGCUGCUUAAGGAAAUACAUAUCCAACCUCACCUUGCAUCUCUUGCAACUUGCCCUUCCUCUGUAUCUGUUGAAGUAAGUGCAGAUGGGGUAAAUAUGCUACCUUUGUCCACUCCUGUUGUCACAAGUGGUCUCACCUACAUAAAAAUUCAGCUUGUAAAAGCUGAGGUAGCUUCUGCUGUCUGCCUUAGACUACAUCGUCCAAGAGAUGCCAGCACAUUAGGCCUUUCACAAAUUAAAUUAUUGGGCCUCACUGCUUUUGGUACCACUUCUUCAGCAACAGUCAAUAAUCCCUUUCUUCCUUCUGAAGAUCAGGUAUCUAAAACAAGUAUUGGAUGGUUACGAUUAUUACAUCAUUGCCUUACUCACAUAAGUGAUCUGGAAGGAAUGAUGGCCAGUGCAGCUGCACCUACUGCUAAUUUACUACAGACUUGUGCUGCCUUAUUGAUGUCACCAUACUGUGGAAUGCAUUCACCCAACAUUGAGGUUGUUCUGGUAAAGAUAGGACUACAGUCCACUAGAAUUGGCCUGAAGCUUAUAGACAUUCUCCUGAGAAAUUGUGCAGCAUCAGGCAGUGACCCUACAGAUUUGAAUAGCCCUUUACUUUUUGGAAGACUGAAUGGACUCUCUUCUGACUCUACAAUAGAUAUUCUUUACCAGCUUGGUACAACUCAGGAUCCUGGAACAAAAGACAGAAUUCAAGCCUUGCUAAAAUGGGUCAGUGAUUCUGCAAGAGUGGCUGCUAUGAAGAGGAGUGGCAGGAUGACCUCUGUGUGCCCUAGCUCUUCAGCAGUUGAGUAUGGUCUUCUCAUGCCGUCACCUUCUCACCUGCACUGUGUAGCAGCAAUUCUGUGGCAUAGUUACGAACUGCUCGUAGAGUAUGAUUUACCAGCACUGCUGGACCGAGAACUCUUUGAGUUACUUUUUAACUGGUCCAUGUCUCUUCCUUGCAACAUGGUUCUGAAGAAAGCUGUUGAUAGUCUACUUUGCUCUAUGUGUCACAUCCAUCCAAAUUAUUUUUCCUUGCUCAUGGGCUGGAUGGGAAUUACCCCUCCUCCAGUGCAGUGUCACCACAGACUGUCCAUGACAGAUGAUAGCAAAAAACAGGAUCUUAGUUCGUCUUUAACGGAUGACUCUAAAAAUGCACAGGCCCCUCUUACACUAACUGAGUCACAUCUGGCAACCCUUGCUUCCUCUUCUCAGUCUCCAGAAGCUAUCAAACAACUACUAGACUCAGGUUUGCCUUCUCUUCUUGUGCGGAGUCUGGCCAGUUUUUGCUUUAGCCACAUUUCGUAUUCAGAAAGUACUGCUCAGUCAAUUGAUAUUUCCCAGGACAAGCUCAGGCGGCAUCAUGCCCCACAGCAUUGUAAUAAGAUGCCUAUCACAGCAGACCUAGUUGCUCCCGUCCUUAGAUUUUUGACAGAAGUUGGCAAUAGCCACAUUAUGAAGGAUUGGCUGGGUGGUUCUGAAGUCAAUCCACUAUGGACAGCACUUCUGUUUUUAUUGUGUCACUCUGCAUCCACUUCCGGAGCACAAACUUUAGGUGCACAACAGACCAGUUCAAGAUCAGCUUCUCUUUCUUCAGCUGCGUCGACAGGACUGACUACUCUACAGCGGACAGCAAUUGAGAAUGCAACGGUUGCAUUCUUUUUGCAGUGCAUUUCAUGCCACCCUAAUAAUCAAAAGCUGAUGGCACAGGUUCUCUGUGACCUAUUUCAGACAGCUCCUCAAAGGAGUAACCUUCCAACAUCUGGAAACAUUUCAGGAUUUGUACGAAGAUUAUUUUUACAGUUGAUGCUGGAAGAUGAGAAGGUUACAAUGUUUCUUCAGUCUCCUUGUCCUGAGGAAUAUGUAUUAGUGAACAACCAGUAA